AUGGCGAUCAAACUCAGGCUAAAAGACCGCCUAAUUCACCUUUUCCGGCAGCCGAUUCUCCUCCUCUCCGCCAACUGCGGUGGUCGUCGCUCAUCUCCGGGGAGAAAGGAGAAGAAGAGCAGUAAGAAGGAAAUAAGAGUUAGAGAAAAUGGUAAGCUUUAUAUGACUGGAGAUAAAGCUGAUCAAGAAGGAAGAACCUGUCCUCCCACUUCUCCUUCCUCUCCUUCGUCUAAAAUCAAUCACGACUAUUACUAUUACUUCAAAGAAGAAGAAAAAAACGGAGCAAAGAAACAGCAGCAGCAGGAGCAGAAGAAGAAAAAGGAGAUGAUGAUGAUGAUGAUGAUGAUGGCCCCUAGAUCUAAAAGAUGCGAGCUUUUUAGCUCUUCUGCAAUGGAAAGCGUUGACGACCUCGGAUUCUUCAGCACCCAUGAAGAGAGAGAAGAAGAAGAAGAAGCUAAUAAGGAGGAAGAUAUCGAAACCUUCUUCUCAUCAAGAAGAUUAUUCUCCUCUGACUCCUCUGAUUUCUACAAAAAGGCUAAAAAAAUGAAGUCUUUUUCUCGCCGGCCGCUGCGGAGAAGAAGAGAGAAGAAAAGCAGAUGCAUUUGGGUUGAUGAUGGAUUCCAACCUUUGGUUUCCAUCUCUAGAAGGAAAGAGGAGGAGAAAAAAGAAGCAAGUUUCGCUGUGACGAAGAAAUCCAGUGAUCCAUAUGGUGAUUUCCAUAGCUCGAUGGUGGAGAUGAUAGUAGAAAGGCAAAUAUUUGGAGCUGGAGAGCUUCAGUGGUUGCUUCACUCUUACCUUUCAUUAAACUCUGUUCAGAAUCAUCCUGUUAUUCUCAGAGCAUUUGUUGAUAUAUCCCAACUUCUAUUCGGCUACUGA